AUGGCACCACCACGAGAGCUUCCGGGGUUUUAUUAUGAUCCUGAGAAGAACAGGUAUUUCCCCAUCAAAGGCCCCAUUCCUGGCUCUUCUUCUAAGCCCACCCUUAAGACACCCCAAACCCCUUCCAAUGAGUUACAGGAGAGUGGUAGGAGUUGUUGUGGGAAGCUUAGAAACAGAACCUUGUCUAAGCUGCUUCAGGCUAGGGAGUUGGAUGGUCGCCAUGUCGUCGACUCUCACUCUUGCAAAUAUGACUUUGCCGAGGAGUACUGGAAAAUUCAAGCAUCUAAACCUGUGGUCUGGAGAUACCAGGGAACUGAUAAGAUGGGUGCGUGUGCUUUGGAACACUUGCGUGUCGAUGUGCAGACGUUGCAGGGGCAAACUGAAACUGAUGUUUUGUUGAUAGGCAGCAUAAAUGGCUCCAUGAGUUUUUCUGAAGUUGGAGGGGUUGGGCAAUAUAUUGAUGAUGGGACAAAAUGGAGGGCAGAUUGUGUGAGGAAUUAUGUUGAAGGGAAGACGUUUGAGCAUAACGAAGUGCAUAAGCCAGUUUUCAGACCUAAUCGAGCUGCACUGCUCAUGCCCUCCAGAAUAUCUUGUAUAAGAUUGGGUCCAAAGUUCUCUCCUCACACAGUGAAUGAUGGUCCUGUUGGACGUGUUUUAUUUACUACUUUGGGAUCAGAAACAUCAGGUGGAUCAGUUUAUACUUUGGGUCUUGUUGAACCAUUAAAUCUUGGACCAGGUAUACUUAACACAUGGAGCGGACUUGAGGAAAUCGCUUCUUUCAGAUGUACCCUUUGGACAGCAGAAUAUGAUUAUAAUAGACAUCGUGCUGGAAAUGUGAUUUUAUGUGGGCUUAGAAAUGGGGCAAUUGUCACUGCAGAUUUUCGUGAGAAAAGAGAAAGGCUUUCUGAUAGACUUAUUACCCAUCGGAUACCUAAUACUUCAGAUAUGGGAGUUGGAGAUUUUAAAAAACAAUGGUUCAAGCUCAAAGGAGACAUAUAUCCUUCUCAUACAAUUAGGAUGCCUUCAUCUAUAUCCUCUUUGGUGUCACUUCAGUUUGAUGAGCAGUACUUUGUAGCAAGCUCAAUGGAUGGAUCGAUGAGGCUUUAUGAUCAUCGUCUACUCCAGAGGGGUGCUGUUCAAUGCUAUGAAGGGCAUGUGAAUUCUCAUACUCGUAUUCAGAUUGGUGUCGAUCCAGCUGAGAGAUUUGUUAUGUCAGGUGGAGAGGAUUGCAAACUACGGUUAUGGAGUCUCAAGUCUGGUGAACUGCUCUUUGAGGACAAGUUCUCUGAUUCAAUUCUCUCCACCAUGUGCUAUAAAACACAUAGAAGUAAAGAGGAAAACCAAUACAAGCGUGACUCCUCGUCUCACGGUGCAUGGCUUGGAUCACACGAAGGACUGUUUUUUAUGCGCUGGUUAUGA